AUGUUUCAGACUGAACAACAGGCAAAGAAGACCUCAGGCAACCAGUACUUUGUGCCUAGUCUGAACCUUUGUUCACGCAAUACCGUACAUGCAGAAACUCAUCCUCAUUCUGUGGUCGAAAGCCCGAUCCUGCAUACCCGUUUGCUGUAUAGGCUGAAUUCUGGAUGGCUCCCUACGUAUGAUUUUCCUUUCUUUAGGGACGUGAUUCUGGAGAAACACUGGAAAUCGGUCAUUCAUCGUUCUAUAUGUGACUACUUUUUCGACGCUCAAAAGAAGGCUGCUUCUCCGGAAGAUGUCUCACCUGUGUUGUCCACUCCUCAUCACUACUUGAUAAAUGUAUACCACAAUCAAGUCUACUUUUUAGCGGUGACCACCACAGAAAUUCCUCCUCUUAUGGUCAUCGAAUUUUUGCAUCGUGUCGUUUAUACUUUUUCUCAGUACUUUGAUGAAUGUUCCGACACUUCCAUCAAAGAGAACUGUGUUAUGCUGCUUGACGAAAUGCUUGAUAAUGGCUACCCCCUAGUUACGGAGCUCAAUAUCCUUCAAGAUCUCAUUAAACCGCCCAAUUUCCUCAGAAGCAUUGCCAAUCAGGUUACGGGUCGAACAAAUCAUUCCGAAACGCUCCCUACAGGGCAGCUUUCAAAUAUACCUUGGCGACGGCAGGGAGUAAAAUAUACUAAUAAUGAAGCUUAUUUUGAUGUUAUCGAAGAAAUUGACGCCAUUAUCGACAAACAGGGAGCCACAGUUUUUGCUGAAAUUCAAGGAUACGUGAGUUCAUGUUGA